AUGUGCUCCAUACGAUCAGAAAUCCCAGAAGAAGUGACAGAGGAAACUAAAGCUGCUUCAGUGAUGAGCAUUCUACAGAGAUAUUUGGAAGAUGAAGAUAGUGCAUAUGCAGAGACAGCAAAGGAGUACAAUAGAAAGUACAAGCCAGAAAUAGAAAUAACGGAAUUUGAGGUAAAAAAGAUACAAGAGGGCGUGCAGCCGAACACUCCUGCAGUUUCGUUUAUUAUAGCAAAUAUAGUAAGUCUUGUUAUCAGGAAAAGCCCAAAAGGAAACUUCAUUUUUUAUUCUGGUGACCGUGCUCCUGUAUUUCAAAUGCAUCUUCUGUGUCCCGAUCCGUCUUGCUUUCUUUGUUCUGAAUAA